AUGGGACUUGGUGGUUGCAUUCUUCAGGCUGAGUAUAAGUUUAUGAAGAAGGCUAUAAUGGCCUUCUUCUUCUCAGUAACAACCCCAUCUGGAAUUGCGAUCGGCAUGGCACUAUCGACUACUUACAGAGAAAAUAGCCCUCGUGCUUUGAUUACUGUUGGCUUACUUAAUGCCUCGUCGGCUGGCCUUCUGGUUUAUAUGGCUUUGGUGGAUCUUCUUACUGCUGAUUUCAUGGGAAAAAAAUUGCAAGGUAGCAUCAAGUUACAAAUCAAAUCUUAUAUGGCUGUUCUAUUGGGUGCUGGUGGGAUGUCUCUCAUGGCGAAAUGGGCUUAG